UCAAGGAAAGCACUCACUCAUCAAACAGUAUCACUCUAGAAACAUUCCACAGUUUUAUAACGUCCACACCAAAAAUGGAAGCAAAAAACUUCAUCGUUAUUUUUGUGUUCACUUUUUUCUUGGGCUUGUGUUUGGCUCAAGUUAAUUUCACCCCCAACUGGGGUAAGAGAUCUGGAACCGAUGACAACAACUGCGAUGUGAACAUGGAAUUGGUGAAAGUUAUCUACAACUUGUUGAACAGCGAGGCGAAAAGACUGGUGAAGUGCGACAGAAUUUAGACUACAGUUUCUUAUGCUAUAAACAUUGAACAUCUUGUAAGUUUUUAAAUAAAUAAAUUGGUAAUUAAUAAAUAA